AUGACUUAUAUUAUGUCUUUAUUUUUGUUUGGGUUAGUUUUGGGGUUGGUUGCGGUUGCUUCAAACCCUUCGCCUUAUUUUGCUGCUUUAGGUUUGGUUGUGGUGGCUGGCUUAGGGUGUGGUAUUUUAGUGGGGCAUGGGGGUCAUUUUUUAUCCUUGAUUUUGUUUUUAAUUUAUUUGGGGGGAAUGUUGGUGGUGUUUGCGUAUUCGGCAGCUUUAGCCGCGGAGCCUUACCCAGAGAGUUGAGGUAGUCGUCGUGUUAUGGCAUAUAUUUUUGUAUAUGUGGUGGGUGUCGCCAUAGUUUCAGGUCUUUUUUGAGGGGGGUGAUAUGAGACUUCUUGGGUGCCUGUGGAUGAGUUGGGGGAGUUAUCUGUAUUGCGAGGAGACUCAGGGGGGGUUGCGCUGAUAUAUGCUGGGGGUGGGGGGAUGUUAGUGAUUGGUGCUUGGGUAUUGCUUUUGACGUUGUUUGUAGUGCUGGAGUUAACGCGGGGCUUAAGCCGGGGGGCGCUUCGAGCGGUUUAA